CUAGUCGACGCCCUUCCAGGGAUGGCUAAGGACUUUUUUCGUAACUCUAUGUACGAGGAUACUCGCCGCAGCUUUCUACAUGAGUGUCCACGCAACACCGAUCGUCAGUAUGCUCCACCACCACUUAACGACAUUGAAAUUAGUGCUUAG